GCCCCCUCCCCGCGCCCCUCCUCGCACCGCGCGCACACAAUGGCGCUGAAGAGAAUCCACAAGGUAAGGCCGGGCCCUGCGGCGCCCCGCGGCCUGCCCCGAGCUCGGGCCUGGGGCCGGGGCCGUGCCGGGGCCGAGCCCGACCGCGGGGCGCCGCCUCGGGCCGGGCCGGCGGUGGGGUGAGGCCUGCGGGCGGGGGCAGGCCGCGGGGGGACGGCCCGGCCUCGCGGCCCGGCGCUGUACCGGGAGGCGCUGCCCCGCGGCUUCCGCGCCCCCCAUCCCCCCCCCCCCCCACCGCGCCUCGGCCGCAACGUGGCCCCGGGGAGCUCUGGGGGCCGCCAGGGGGCGUGGGGCCGCGGCCCGGGGGGCUCCGAGGCUGCCGGAGGGGAGCGGAGGAGGCCCGGCGCUGCGGGGGCCGGAGCGGCGCGGGCGGUUCUUAACCGGGGAGCCGGGGCCUGUGCUCGGGGGCGGCUUGCGGCGCGCACCGCUGGUAGCGGCCGAGCCAGGCCCGGUCGCUGCGCUUCCGUAGGGCUCCUAGGCUGCGUUCUGGCCCCACUUUUCUCUUCAGCGGCAGAUGAGGGCCGCGUUUGGGCGUCUUUGCUGUGAUCAGAGGUUGUGCUGAAGUUCCUGUAAGCUUGCUGGGCCCUGCCGCUCAGCAUCGGAGCUGAGGAGAGCGACGGGUUGUGUGUGCCGUGGGAUGGCCCGGCCCUGGAAGGGAAGGGUUCCGGUGUAAUUUUAGUUACUGGAACUCGCGCAGUAACGGGUUACAUAAGCAAGCAAUGUUCCAGUUCGGUAUCAGUCAUAUCCAACACUUUCAGUGACUUAAUGUAGCAAUACUUAACACAGUGUGGAAGCUGAUCGAGGCCACUUCCCCGGCACGCCUGCGGCUCCCCACUUGUUCUGGAAGCCUCUGGUGCUGGGGCUGGAAGGGAACUGUUUGUCUGGGACAGCACAGGGAGUGCCUGGAAGGGGAUGCGAGCGCAGGGCACAGGGACCUGGGCACUGUGGGGCUGCGGAUGAUGCGCCUUCUUCAGGGCCACCUAGGAGAUCAGCAGAGCUUCUUCCUUGAAACAGUGUUUGCUUUGCUUGCUGUUCAUGGUCGGUGCUCCAGCAAGAGAAAUGGAGUGUGCUGUCCUUUGGUGAACAUUGGUUGCUCAUGGGUGGGCUGUUCGUACUGCUGCUUGGAGGUGAAGAACCUGAGGCAGGAUAGGCUGCAUUGGGUUGCAGGGCCCUCAUACGUGGGGAAGCAGGGAGAAAUGGUGCACAGAGCUCAGCAAAGUGCUGAGCAGUGCAGUGGAAAUGGUGCUGUGAUGGAGCUACAAGCAAAAAGCUUCAGUCAGAGCUGUAAUGGGAUGCCCAGCUGCUUGUCUGUCAGCCUGGGUGCUCUGGGAGUUAGCUGGAGUCAGACUGCAGGUGCAGGAGUGCUGUGGUGCCUCACUCAGCUGGCUACCAGUUGUUCUGCUGUUGUCCUGUCUGCAGGAGCUGCAGCAGUGAUGGUCCUGUCCUGAUCAGUGACUCCAGCCUCUGCUGUUGCAGCUGGUGACAGGAAAAAAAGGCUGUAGAGUGUGGAUUAAGUGGAAAUAAUCCCAGUAGACUUGCAUACAAAGAAGCAAUGGAAAGGAAAGCUGCUGCUUUAGGCAUUUUUGGAGGAUGCCAUCAGUGUAGAUACACCAAUGUAGGUGUCUGCAUCUUGCCACUGGUGUUUGCGCUUGGUGCCUUGUAUUUUAUUCCCUACCACAGACCAUGCAUGAGGCUUUCUACAGGUUCUUGGACAACACAGGGAUGAGAACUUCAGGAAUGAGCAGCAAAUCCCAGGAGUGAGCUAACCUCUGAUGCCCUGUAGCUGCUGUUGCACGAAACAGUGUCUGGCGAGCUGAGCCGCUCUGGGCUGGAAGUGGGGCAGAGCCUAAAGCUGUCUGCCAUCUGAUCAGAAGUCUUGCUGCCAGCUGUGGGGCUGACAGGCUGUCCGGGCCUGGAGCUGUUGUGCCAGCUCUGCAGCUGUUCCCAGAGCAGAUGCUGCUGGGGGGAUCACGCAUGGAGGAGCCACUCUCAAAUUGCUGCUCGUGGUGUUCCUGCAGUGCUCUUAAUUCUCCCAGGGUGUGGACUGGCCCUUGGAUUUCACGAGAAAGGAGCUCCAUGUUUUAGAACUGCUUAGUUCUGGGCAAACUGGGAUGAGUGCAGUCAUGGUGGCCAAAGUAGCCAUGAAGUGUGGGAAUAGCAGUUUGCUGUAACACAUAUUUGAUCAUCAUUAUCUCUGAGAAGAAAUGCCACGUGAAGACAUACAGAGCUAGGGAAGAGGUAAUGCUGAAGGACCAUAACAAAUGGUGCUCAUUUCAGGACUUCAGCCGUAGCGUUUGGGGUUCAGCCACAUCCCUACCCCUGUAGCUGAGCAAGCAGGGCACUGCUUGGAGUGGGAGAGCAAGGGGAAGGUGAACUUUGUCCUCUGUUGGCUCCCCUGUGAGAACUGUUUGGUGGGCCCUGCAGUGGGGGUGCAGGGGAAUGAGGAGCUGCACUUGGAGCCCUGCUGGGUGCUGGGGGUGCUGGCUUACUGCCUGCUUGUGGGCCUCUGUGCUGUAAAGCACGCAGCUCUGUCAGGUGUCUGUAACAAUACAGGUGUUGGGCUGGUGGGUGAGUUGUGUUGGGGUUACUGGGUAACUGAGGAGUGCUAAGUGAUCUGUGUGCAUGCUGCUUCUGAACUUUUCUGUCCGUGCUGUGAGUUUGGCCUUAUGGCAACUCAUGGGUGCAGCUCAGUGCUUCCUCUGGAGCUGCUCGCUGUGUUUGGAGCAAUGCAGCCCAGCAGGUGCUGCUCGGGCUGCUGCCUGGGCUCCGCAGCAUUCGGUUCCUGCACCAAGAGGAAGUUAUGUGCUGCUUUGGUGUUCUUGCUGUUCAGGCUUUGAAAAAAGAUGAAAGGUAACUGAUGGUUACAUCAGAGCUCGUUCACAGUGCGUACCCUGGCAGGCUCUGUGUGUUUCAUUAAGCUUGGCUUUUCUUAGACUGCUCACUGAACUGCGUGCCUUCUCACGCGCAGGUGUUGUAAGAAGUCAAGAAGGUCAGUGGAUCUAAGCCAUUCCAUGCCCUGGAAAAGCAGAUUCUGUGAAAGGAGAAGGAUUAAAAUCCUUCUGAAGAUUAAAAUGUUUCCUGUUGUUAGGAAGAAGCAGCCUUAGAAUGUGAGAUAUUUUGGAAUUGUGUAGUCUUGUAGAUCAAAAGUGCCUUUGGAUGCCACAGUUGGAUGCUGGAGCCUGUGUGAGUGCUGCCUUGACAAACUGUGCCUGAGCUGUGUGCUUCACAGCCUGCCCUGUGUGCUGACUUCUGUGUCAGGUAAGUGCAGGAGCUGUGCUGUAGGGCUGGGUGGUGGGGCCUUGCUGCCCCUUCCCACGUGAGUGGACCUGUCCAGGUUGCUGGCAGUGCUGGUCCCACUGCUGAGGUGAGGCAGUGCUAUUGAUUGGUCCGUGUCUCUGUUAUGUAUUGCUUGGCAAUGAGCUAUUGAAAGCUGCCAGGAAAUCGUGCUUCAAUGGCUCCAACUUCCUUUUUGGUGAGUUAAAUCACAGUUUUAUGACACAGUCCUAGGCUGCCUGUCACUGAGGGAUUUGGGGGCUUCAGGCAAAGAUUCUUGCCGAAGACAGAUUAAAAGCUUAUUUUGCUGUCAGGUUGCUGCUGCUGUAAGUGAAAAUAAGGCUUACAAUCAAGCUAAUGAUGUGGUCUCUGAGUCAAUUAGAGCUUCUGAAAGCAGCUCAAACUGGAGUAAGGAGGAAGGACCAUGGCUUUGCAUAAACUUUGACUGUUUGGGGUCCUGUCUGAUGUGUUGGAGUGCGUUUGGGGAGCUGCCUCAGGACAGCGGCUGUCCUCUCACACGGCUGGCUUCUUUGUGCUGCUUGUUCUGCUGCACUCUGUACAACAGAAUCCUUAAACCCAACCUUGUCUGCUGGCCAGGGCCUCCCUGCCAUGCGGCAGAUGGGCAGCGUGGGGCUCAUUGUCUGUGAACUUGCACAUCUGUAACAAACGUCUCUGGAGUUUACAAAUAAACGAAUUAAAACUUGGAACGCGUGCAAGGUUAAGCUUGAAGCUAAAACUUGGAGCACUCCUGUUUUUGAAAACUUCUUGUGCUGUUCGUGGAGUCCCUGAUUCAGCUGCACUCAAAAUGUCAUGGGCCAGCUGCUGGGAAAUGGAAUGGUGGGUGCAGGGCGGCAGGUGGUGGUAGUGCAGGUCUUAGCAGGGCAGCUGGCUCACUGCUUUGCCCCCUCCUCAGUGCCAUGGGUGCUUCCCAUGGCUUUGGUGGUGCAGUGAGGCAGUCUGUCUUACGCACAUGCAUCUUCUCUAGAACGCUUUCCUGGAGCAUUGGGUGGGGCUGUGCUUUCUGCUGGGAACUCAAGCACAAGUAGACUUGCUUUUGGAGCUGAAGUUUCAGUUUCUUGUGCAAGAUUUGAAGCUUUACUAGAAUACCUACUUCCCAGAUGUAGUUUCAUGCGACUUGCUCUUUGGGCAGGGUACUUGAACUUUGCUUUGCAGUGCAUUGUGCCUUCAGUUCCUUACUUUUGCUGAAGGGUUAAUUAAUAUUUAAGUUAGAUCCAAGUAAUGGUAUGAUCCUCAGCAGUGGGCCUGGUUCCAGGGGCCUUUCCUGUGGAGGAGAGAGCAGCCCUGAAGCUUGCUGUCCCACUGCUCUUGGAGGCAGGCUCCUGAGAGCCAAAAACCUCAGCUGGAACUUGCCUGAAGGCUGCCUGGUCAUUUGCUUUUACAUUCCUGGAGCAGAGCUGCCUGCACCAGAAACUCAACUGAUAACCAGCUGCAGCUCCCUUCACGUGCUGGUUUAAAAGCAGUGCUGUCAAGGCCUGGUCAGUGACCAAGGAGCCUUUCAGAGACAGAGGGAGAAUACGGAAGGCCACACAGCUUGGGGUCUGAUAGGUGGUGAUGUCAGGUUUGUAGGUGAUACCAAACUGCAGUGGCAUCCUCUGUGUAUGAGAAGUUAGUUUCAUGUGAAUGCCAGGGUAUAAUUACCUCAGUAAGCCAGUAUUUCUUCUGUCCUUCAGUAACUUCUGGAGACCAAGCCUUGCGUAGGCUGGAGGUGCUAGCUAUUCCUUGGAACUUGCACAGAAAGCUGUUAAAAGGCAAGGUAUGCAGAAUGGGAGUGAAGAGGUUGCCAGCUGAUACGGAGAAGAGUCUUAGGCAUUUCUUUCUAAUGGAUGUGUUUGGAGUACUGUAGCAUUAAAUUACCUUCUCCAGGAGAUCAAGGUCAACAGCAUUUGGAAGUUACUGUGCUUCACACGGUUAUUAUAGGCUCUUUAAAAAAUGAGGAGUUGAAUGAUCUGGCACGUGAUCCUCCAGCACAGUGUUCAGCAGGGCCUGUUGGUGAUGACAUGUUCCAUUGGCAAGCUACAAUAAUGGGACCAAAUGACAGUCCCUAUCAAGGUGGAGUAUUUUUCUUGACAAUUCACUUCCCAACAGAUUAUCCCUUCAAACCACCUAAGGUUGCAUUUACAACAAGAAUCUAUCAUCCAAAUAUUAACAGUAAUGGCAGCAUUUGUCUUGAUAUUCUACGAUCACAGUGGUCCCCAGCACUAACUAUUUCAAAAGUACUUUUGUCCAUCUGUUCUCUGUUGUGUGAUCCCAAUCCAGAUGAUCCUUUAGUGCCUGAGAUUGCACGGAUCUACAAAACAGAUAGAGAAAACCAGCAGAGGGAGAACAAGUUUCUUCGGUGGGAGAAUGUUUCUGUGCUAGCUAUUGAUGAUGGAGUCUUGCAAGCAAAGAAAUAACAAAAUACCAUUUCAUCUUCAUUUGAGAACCCAAGAAAAGAACAAGUGGUGUAGAGAGAGGGUGGGAGGACACAGGCUUCUUCUGAAGUGAACUGCAAAACUGAAGGGAAGUACACUAAUGAGAAGAUUUUAAAAUGUUUUGUUUAAAAGCACCAGUUUAAACACAAAAGCAGAGAAUGGUUUGGGCUGUAAGGCACCUUAAAGUUCAUCUAGUUCUAAUCCCCUUGCUAUGGGCUGGUUGCCCCCCACCAGCUCAGGCUGCCCAGGACCCCAUCCAUGGCUUUGGGCACCUCCAGGGAUUGGGCGCCCACAGCUUUUCCAGACAGCCAAUGCCAGAGCCUCACCACCAUCUGAAUAAAGAAUUUUCUUCUUGCCAUGUAACUUAAGUCUUCCCUCUUUUAGUUUAAAACUGUUCCCCCUUAUCCUAUUGCUGUCAGAUGAUGUAAGAAGUUGAUGUCCUUCCUAAUUAUAAGCUCCCUUCAGGUACUUGGAAGGUCACAGUGAGGUCUCCCCAGAGCCUUUUCUUCUCUACACUGAACAAGCCUGGCUUCCUCAGGCUUUCUUUGUGAGAAAGGUACCGCAGCAUUCUGAAUGUUGUCUUGGCCUCCUCUUGACCUGCUCCAACAGCCCCAUGUCUGUCCUUUGCUGAAGGCCCAGGGCCUGGAUGCAGCAUUCAGCAUGGGGCCUCAUGAGUGCAGAGCAGAGGGGGACAAUCCCUGUCCUCACCCUCCUGGCUGUGUCUCUCUUUUGGUGCAGCCCAGGGUACAUUCACUGCUGCCUUUUGUCAGCUUUUUGGCCACCAGAACCCCUAAGUCUUUGUCUGCAGGGCUGCUCUCAGUGAGGUCUUCUGCCAAUCUGUAUGUGUAUCGGGGUUUGCCCUGACCCAGGUGAAGCACCUUGCACUUAGCCUUGUUGAACCAUGUUCGAUUCAUGUGUGCCCACUUCUCAAACCUGUCCAGGUCCCUCUGGAUGGCAUCUCUUCCUUCUAUCGUAUCAACUGCACUGCCCAUCUUGGUGUCAUCAGCAAACUUGCUAAGGACGUACUUGAUUCUGCUGUCUGUGUUAUUCAUAAAGACAUUGAAGCGCACUCAGAUGGACCCCUGGGCUCAGUGCUUGUGACCAGCCUCCACCUGGUCAUGGAGCUGUUGACUGUGACCCUCUGGCUGUGACCAACCAAUUCUUUAUCCACUGAUUAGCUCAUCCUUCAAAUCAAUUUCUUUUCAGUUUAGACAUGAUGAUGUGGUGUGAGACCAUGGCAAAGGCCUUGCAGAAGUCCAGGUGGAUGACAGCAGUUUACCUUCCUUUCUUCACCACUGGCCUUGCUCUAUCAUAGAAGGCCACCAGGUGGGUCAGACACAGUCUGCCCUUGGUGAAGCUGUGCUGGCUGUCCCUGAUCACCUCCUCAUCUCUCAUGUACUUUCCGAGAGGAUCUGCUCCAUCUUCCCAUGCACAGACAUUUAGGGUCCCAGGCCUGUAGUUUUCUGGGUCUUCCUUUCUCCCUUUCUUGAAGGCUGGGAGUGAUGCUUCCCUUUCUGCAGUUACUGGGGACCUCACCUGGCAGCCACGACCUGUCAAAUAUGAUAGAGAGCGGCUUGGCAACCACAUCACCUGCUUCUCUCAGGACCCUGGGAUGCACAUUGUCUGGUCCCAUAACCUUGUACGCAGACAGCCUCGUGAGGUGCUCUCAGACUUGCUGUGCUCUUAGCAGUGGGAGGGAUUCUGCUCUCCCAACCCCUGCCCGGAGGCUCAGGGGUGUGAGAGAUGUGGGAAGCCUGACUGCCGCUGGAUAGCAAGGCAGAGAACUCGCUGGGUAACACUGCCUUCUCUGUAGCUGUAGUUGCCAUACGAUCAUGUGAGGGUUUUUUUACCUCCUUGUUCCCAUCCAGCUCUGAUCACUGGUGUUAAUUCCUAAAGUUACAGAGUUAUCUAAUGAGAGCAAGGAAGGAAGGGAAAAUGAUUCUCAAACUUGUGUGUUUGAGAAAUAGGGAGCUCAGAGCUGCAAGAUUUGCAGUGCAUGCGUCAACUCACAGCUAAGUGUAUGAUGGUGCUUUCCUAUUUACUGGAUGUAGGACUUUUUUUCCCUUUCUCCAGAGUCAGAAGCUUCUGUGCUUAUACGUAACUGCACUUGGUUUUGCGUAGUCUCAAAGCAAGUGACAGUUGCUUUCCUGUGGUUUCUCGAUUUUCUUAAGCUAAAGAACUUUGUCUACAGACAAUAUUGCAGCACAAAAACUUGGUUGGUAUAAAUAACUAGAAAACUUCCUGCCUUGUGAUGCUUUUUCUGCAAACUCUGUAGAACAACUCGAAUUCUGUAGUCAGAAACACAACUUUUAUUAGUACUGUAAGUCACAACAACUGCUUUAUUUUAUGUAGUUAUCCUGAGCUUCCUCUAGAUGUGAUUCUGGCUGUAAAGCGGAGCAGAAGCUACAGGUGGCUGGGAGAAAGGAGCAGACUGUGCCUUUAGAAUGAAAACUUGCAGCGGACAAGUCUUUGUGUCCUGGUAGCCAUGAACAUAAAGCUAAACGCAGUGUGAGCCUGUUAGGGUUUGGCACCUCAGUGUGUCCGGGUACUGGGCUUAACUUCCUGGGGGAGGAAGAGUGGGGUGCGAGGGAGACUCUGGUCUGUGGUUUUCCAGUAUGCACGGAUUCAAAACCUGCAGUCGUAGUUUCCCAGGGAUACAGCAGCUGGGAGAGGAGCAGAUGAAACCUUCCUGAAAGUACUUCUCACAGCUGCUCUGGGUCUGUUUUGUGGCUUGAAUCGCAAAGAGAGCUUUCGCUCGUAAAUACGGCGCGUUCGGUUCUUCUCCACAAAGUGCAGUUGGGUGUUGUUUGUUCCCCUGUUGGCACAAUGCUUCGAUUUGCUCCCUUUUAAUCUUACGAAGCAAUGAUGCUGCUGGUGUUACAGAGUGAACUGCGGGAGCUGGAAUGCUGUUGGGAUGUUAUGUUAAGUCAAUCCUCUUUUUAUACAUACAGGUACAACAGAAUAGCUCGGGAAUGGACUCAGAAGUAUGCGAUGUAAUUAAAGAAAUUAUUGGAUAACCUCUACAAAUAAAGAUAGGGGAACUCUGAAAGAGAAA